AUGUCCAUCGCCCCAGAGCCGUCCGCAUCGAGGGGAGAGAUCACUCUUCAGCCAAGCUACUUCACAUCGUCGCUAUACGUUGAUCCCCUACGAGAGGACAUCUCAAAGCUAAUUGCCUCGUUUGAUGAUCAAUUCAAGGACACUAUCGAACCCUUUGCCCUCUUCAAAAAACUAUGGACCGAUCAAGGCUGGUGCUGGCUGCAUAUGCGAGCAUACGAUGGACGAGCCAGGCAGUCAUUCAUUUGCACGACCGAAAGAGUAUUUGCUGAACGUGUCGCGGAUACGGAAGACCCUAUAGCCCGAGUCGUCGCUUUGUUUUGUUUAUACACCUUUUACAACACGCAGCCGUCGACAUCCGCUCCGCCCUUCUAUUCUGUGGCCAACAUAGCUGUUCCUAUGGACAUCUACAGGGCCAUGGUCUCUCUCCCUGCUGUGCUGCACGAAGAGCCUCUGUUUCGCUUGCGGCCAUACGUCGUACAUAUCUUAACCACCCUGUUGAACGCUCAAACAUUCUAUAUCUUGCCGGACUCCUCAUUACGGGCCCAGAAUCCUACACGGCUCCCUCGCGAAAUAUUCGUACCGGAAGGACAAGGUCCGUCCGAAGCCCUCCACAUGACAGCUGCUACGGAAUCGGCGCAACAGGAGGGGCCCAAUGCAGCUCCAAAGAAGAAAGGCCGCCCAUCCAAGCGCGACAAGGCGCGAAAGGUCAAAGAGGCCCUGGCAUCUCUCGAGAGAUACAUCGACCGGAACGCCGUUGCGCUGCCUGGCCAGCAUCCUCCUCACGUUCUUGGUCCCGACAAUAUCGCCACGCACCCACAUAGUACCCACGUCGUCUUUGGCCAAGCGCCUCACGCCACCCUCAACAAUUACGUUGACCGCAGAAACGAGCUACUGGCAGCAGUACACGCUUAUAGUCUCGACAGCGCGGAUACCACAGAUGCCUCACGGUCCCGCACAAAAGACGCGCUGCAGCGUGCCAAUGAAGCCGUGUUGCUCCGUCUGAAACAGAUCGAUGCGAUGGCAGCCGAGCAAGGGUUAGAAGUCGGCGGCGAAGGGGGCGAGAAGACGGGACUCAGUCGUGUGGAGAGGGCCGUGGAUGAGCUUCGCCAGUCUAGUGGAGUUGGAGCUAGCGGAGGCAUUUUGAGCUUGCUUGAGGGCGCGGGCAUGGAUUCGAAUAACUAG